UUAACCAAACUCUCUAGUUUCAAAAGCUAUAUUUAUCUCACUUUCUUCCUACUAAUAUUUUGUGACCAUGAGUGAAACCAUAACAAAUCCCACUGACUGGCUACAAAUCUAUCAACAUGCCCUCUCCGGUCAACCUCAAACCUCUCCGCCGUUAACCACCGUCUUCAGCAGCGGCCAACUCUCCGACGCCACGGUGGUCACCACCACACCAUCUUCCACUAGUCCUGGUCAUCAUGGCCCAUUGGGCCGUGGUUCCAGGACCAUUAGAAGAAGAUCCAGGGCUUCAAGGCGAACCCCAACAACUGUACUCAAUACAAACACAACCAAUUUCCGAGCCAUGGUUCAACAGUUCACUGGGAGCCACAGUGAACCAUUUUCAUUUUCAGGACUUGAACCCGAGACGUUUAGGUCAAGAAAUAUUAAUCUUCAUCAGCAGAUAGUGAAUCCUAGUACUACUCCUAGUGCUUAUAAUAUACAGUUUCAGCAGCAAGUACAACAAACUUUGCCCUACACAAAUCCUCCCCCUCAGGGUCACAAUAUUGGCCAUGAAGCUUUUUUUCAUAGACUAGGCAACAGUUCUUCUAGAUCUAGUAUGGAGGUUUCUGAAAAUUUGAUUAUGGAUGAUAGGACUCUGUUUCCUCCUCAACAUCAACGACGAGGACAAGAAUGAAGAAAAUGUUUACGUACGUACCAUCAAGAAGUGUGGUGUAAUGGUGGGAUGAACGAGAUUUUUUCGGUCCUAAUAUCUCAAGUUCGAACCUUAGGAAUAAAGAAAUUAUCGGUGACGGAACAUACAGGCGAAUUUAAAUUAAUAGUUUGGAACCACGACUUAUAGCUUCUGACUUUUCAACCAAGUAAGAAAAAUUGAUCUUUUGUACAUAAAAAGCCAUGCAAGUCGAUCCGCUUCUCUUUUUUUCUCUUUUAUAUACUAUACCUUCUCUUUUUUCUUGGCAUAGGAAUGUAACUUUACUUGCUUUUUGUUCUUUUUUGACAUGUAAUUUUGUUGUUGUUUUCUGUAUAGUACUUCUUAUCUGGUAUAAAUAUGGAAUGAUGGAAGAUCAAGUUUUAACUUUUCCA